GGGCUUGGCCCAUCCCGGCCGCGGCAGCCGGCGGGCCUGGGGCGGGCGAUGUGAAGAGCCGGGCCGGGCCGGGCCGCGGAGCCGCCCAGGGUCCGUCCCUGCGGCCCUCCGGGAUGAAGCUGAAGAAGCAGGUGACAGUGUGUGGAGCAGCCAUCUUCUGCGUGGCCGUCUUCUCCCUCUACUUGAUGCUGGACCGGGUGCAGCACGACCCCACACGCCACCAGAGCGGGGGCAACUUCCCCAGGAGUCAGAUCUCGGUGCUGCAGAACCGUAUCGAGCAGCUGGAGCAGCUGCUGGAGGAGAACCACGAGAUCAUCAGCCACAUCAAGGACUCGGUGCUGGAGCUGACAGCCCACGCUGAGGGGCAGCCGGCGCUGCCCCACCACACGCCCAAUGGCUCCUGGGUGCUGCCCCCCGAGAACCGCCCGAGCUUCCUCUCGGUCUCACCACAGGACUGUCAGUUUGCCCUGGGGGGCAAGGGCCAGAACCCAGACCUGCAGAUGCUGGCUGUGUACUCCCUGCUGCCCUUUGACAACCAGGACGGUGGCGUGUGGAAGCAGGGCUUCGAUAUCACCUAUGAGCCCAACGAGUGGGACACGGAGCCCUUGCAGGUGUUUGUGGUGCCGCACUCCCACAACGACCCGGGGUGGAUCAAGACCUUCGACAAGUACUACUACGACCAGACGCAGCACAUCCUCAACAGCAUGGUGCUGAAGAUGCAGGAGGACCCGCGCCGCCGCUUCAUCUGGUCCGAGAUCUCCUUCUUCUCCAAGUGGUGGGACAACAUCAGCGCCCAGAAGCGGGCUGCGGUGCGCAGGCUGGUUGGCAACGGGCAGCUGGAGAUGGUGACGGGAGGCUGGGUGAUGCCCGACGAGGCCAACUCCCACUACUUUGCUAUGAUUGAUCAGCUGAUCGAGGGGCACCAGUGGCUGGAGAAGAACAUCGGCGUGAUGCCCCGGUCCGGCUGGGCUGUCGACCCCUUUGGGUACAGCUCCACCAUGCCCUACCUGCUGAAGCGCUCCAACCUGACGGCCAUGCUCAUCCAACGCGUGCACUAUGCCAUCAAGAAGCACUUUGCUGCCACCCAGAACCUGGAGUUCAUGUGGAGACAGACGUGGGAUCCAGACGCCAGCACCGACAUCUUCUGCCACAUGAUGCCCUUCUACAGCUACGACGUGCCCCACACCUGUGGGCCGGACCCCAAGAUCUGCUGCCAGUUUGACUUCAAGCGCCUGCCGGGUGGCCGCAUCAACUGCCCGUGGAAGGUGCCUCCCCGAGCCAUCACCGACUCCAACGUGGCGGAGCGAGCACAGCUGCUGCUGGACCAGUACCGCAAGAAGUCCAAGCUGUUCCGCAGCAAGGUGCUGCUGGUGCCGCUGGGAGACGACUUCCGCUACGACAAGCCGCAGGAGUGGGACGCUCAGUUCCUCAACUACCAGCGCAUCUUCGACUUCCUCAACUCCCGGCCCAGCCUCCACGUCCAAGCGCAGUUCGGGACGCUCUCUGACUACUUCGAUGCCCUGUACAAGAGGGUGGGCAUCGUGCCGGGGAUGCGGCCGCCCGGCUUCCCGGUGCUGACGGGAGACUUCUUCUCCUACGCGGACCGGGAGGAUCACUACUGGACGGGCUACUACACCUCCCGGCCCUUCUACAAGAGCAUGGACCGCGUGCUGGAGGCUCACCUGCGGGGGGCAGAGAUCCUGUACAGCCUGGCCCUCGCCCACACGCGCCACGCCGGCGCCGACGGCCGGUACCCGCUGUCUGACUAUGCGCUGCUGAGCAACGCCCGCCGCAACCUGGGCCUCUUCCAGCACCACGACGCCAUCACCGGCACCGCCAAGGAGGCCGUAGCAGUUGACUACGGAGUCCGGCUGCUGCAGUCCCUCACCAACCUCAAGCGUGUCAUCAUCAAUGCUGCGCAUUACCUGGUGCUGGGGGACAGGGACACGUACCAGCACGACCCCACCACACCCUUCCUCGGCAUGGACGACACACGCCCCAACCAGGACUCUCUCCCUGAGAGAACGGUGGUCAAACUCGAUGCCUCGCCCCGGUUCCUGGUGGUGUUCAACCCGCUGGAGCAGGAGCGUCUGAGCGUCGUGCCGGUGCUGGUGGACUCGCCACACGCACAUGUGCUCUCUGAGGAAGGGCAGCCCCUGCCUUCCCAGCUCACUGCGCACUGGGGCUCUGCCACUGACACGGUGCCCAACGUCUACCAGGUGUCGGUGCUGGCGCGCCUGCCCGCGCUAGGGCUGCGUGUGCUGCAGCUGCACAGGCCCGUGGACGGCCGCACCGCGCCGCUGCCCUCGGUGCGCCUGCACCUGCCUGGCCGGGACGUGCCGCAGCGCAAGCAGGAGCCCGUGCCCGUGCGUGUCUUCCCGGCCGCUGCUGAGGACUUCUGCCUGGAGAACCAGCACCUGCAGGCCUGCUUCUGGGGGCACUCGGGGCUGCUGAAGAGCAUCCGCCGAGCUGGAGAGGAGCGGGAGCAGAGGGUGAGCAGCGAGUUCCUCGUCUACGGCACCAGGACCUCCAAGGAUAAAAGCGGAGCUUACCUCUUCCUCCCCGAUGGCGAGGCCAAGCCCUACGCCCCCAAAGACCCCCCAGUGGUGCGGGUGACGGAGGGACCCCUGUUCUCAGAGGUCGCCAGCUACUACCAGCACGUCCAGACCGUGGUGCGGCUGUACAAGGUGCCAGGGGUGGAUGGCCUGGCCCUGGACGUGUCCUGCCUGGUCGACAUCCGUGACCACGUCAACAAGGAGCUGGCCCUGCGCUUCAGCACCGACAUCGAGAGCGAUGACACUUUCUUCACUGACCUCAACGGCUUCCAGAUCCAGCCCCGCCGGUACCAGCGCAAGCUGCCGCUGCAGGCCAACUUCUACCCCAUGCCCACCAUGGCCUACAUCCAGGACUCGCGGAGCCGCCUGACACUGCACACAGCCCAGGCUCUAGGUGUCACCAGCCUCAGCAGCGGGCAGCUGGAGGUGAUCUUGGACCGGCGUCUCAUGCAGGAUGACAACCGGGGCCUGGGCCAGGGGCUGAAGGACAACAAACGGACCUGCAACCGGUUCCGCCUCCUCCUGGAGCGCCGCGCCACUGCCAACAAGAGCUCCAGCUUCUUUUCCAAACUGACCUCCAUGUUUAAAGCCUUGGGCUUCCCCGGCGCCGGCACUGGCAGCCCCGAGGUGCAGGACGGCCGCCCCAUCAGCUUCCCCUCCCUGCUGAGCCACAUCACCUCCAUGCACCUGAACGCCGAGGUCCUGGUCAUGCCCGUGGCCCAGGGGAAGCUGGCCCCGCCAGCCCUGCGCUCCUUCAUGCCCCUUGCCGCCACCCUCCCCUGCGACUUUCACAUCCUUAACCUGCGGACGCUGCAGGCAGAGGAGGACUCGCUGCCCUCGGCCGAGGCAGCCCUGAUCCUGCACCGCAAAGGCUUUGACUGCAGCCUGGAGGCCAAGAACCUGGGGUUUAACUGCACCACCAGCCAAGGCAAGCUGGCCCUGGGCAGCCUGUUCCAGGGGCUGGAGCUGGGCUCCCUGCAGCCCACAUCACUGACCUUGAUGUACCCACUGGGCACGGCCUCCAACAGCAGCACCAUCCACCUGGACCCCAUGGAAAUCGCCACUUUCCGCAUCCGCCUGGGGUAGCGCCGCUGGAGGGGGCCAGGGCAGAGGCCGUGCGGCGUGGGAGCGGUGCCGGCGCGGUGCGGGGCCGUGGGGCUGCGCCAGGCCGGCGGGCGCUGGGCAGGAGCUGCUGGACUCUCCAAGGCUGCUGCCUUCUAAUUUAUUAGUGCUGUGUUCUCAGAUAGAUUUCAGAGGAGAACUGCUGUGGCAGGUCUGUGCGGCUGGACGCUGGCUGGGCAUGGAGGCCACGGGGCAGGCGCUGCUCAGGGCUGGCCGAGGCUGGGGCUGGGGCCAGGCUCAGUUGCUGCUGUGGGUGGGCACAGCUGCCCUGCUGCCUUCACACGGCUGCCCAGACACUGCCCACUCCGGCUGCAGGGGCAGGGGCUGUUGCUGGGCUCCCCCAGCCCACGGGGCAGCACCAGGCUGCCAGGAGCCCAGUGGGGUUGAGGCGCUGGGCCAGGGAGUGCUGCGGGCUGGAGACUGAGCUCGCCUGGAGCUUGUAGGAAACACGAGGCUGUUUCUGAGG